UAUUUCCCCCCUCCCGCUUUUUUUUUUUACGCGUGGUGGAGGCGGCAGAGGGGGAGGGGGAUUUCCUGUCUCUUCGCCUCUGUUCACUUGGGACCAGCGGAUGCGAGUCACACACGCUCCCUCCCUCAACUCUCUCUCUCUCUCUUUCGCUGUGGAAGUUAGCGGAGAGAGGGGGGGCGCGCGCAUUAGAUCACUUCAGCCGCCGCGAGAAGGAGGGGAGCGCGGCUGCCUGCGUGUGCGCGUGUGUGUGUGCGGGAGAGGGAGAGAGGCGCGCGUGUGCUGAGCCGAGGACGCAGGAGAGCGACGAGAGAGCCCGGGCGCGCACUUCCCCGCCACCUCCUCGCCAAAGUGGAUCGGCCAGACUUUCUUCGCCGGCGCCGUCUUCCGCUUCUCCCCCCCGAGCCUCCGCCCGGCACCUGUUUGAGCCGCUUUUGACUCCAGCUGGACCAGAAACCGGAGCGCAACACUCUUGGAGAGGGAGAAAGUUUUGCCCGCCCGAGGAGAUUCCCGCGCGCGCGCUUUCGCGCUUUCCUCUCUGAGCGCAAGAAGAAAACAACUUUCUCCCCCACCCAACCCCAGCACCACCACCACCCCUCCUCGCUCUCGACCGUCGUGGUGAACUCUUAUAUAAUUUACUUCUCCUCGGCACCUCCUCUUUCCCGCCCGGACUCGUCCUGCUGGUCGGUUCCCGCUCGUGCGCUCUCCUCGGCGCGCCGCUUCUUCGCCUUCCUGCGCUCUAUGUUUUGACGCUGUGGAGCCUGGUGGCCCCCGAAAGCUGCGCGAAUGUAUAGCAUGAUGAUGGAGACGGACAUGCACUCCCCCGGCGGAGCCCAGGUCACCACCAACCUCUCGGGCCAAACCGGAGCCGGGGGAGGAGGAGGAGGAGGUGGAGGAGGCGGCGGCGGGGGCCCCAAGGCUAACCAAGACCGGGUCAAGAGGCCCAUGAACGCCUUCAUGGUUUGGUCUCGGGGCCAGCGCCGGAAGAUGGCCCAGGAAAACCCCAAGAUGCACAACUCGGAGAUCUCCAAGCGCCUGGGCGCCGAGUGGAAAGUCAUGUCGGAGGCCGAGAAGAGACCCUUCAUCGACGAGGCCAAGCGGCUGCGGGCGCUGCACAUGAAGGAGCACCCGGAUUAUAAAUACCGGCCCAGGAGGAAAACCAAGACUCUGCUCAAGAAGGACAAGUACUCGCUGGCCGGAGGGCUGCUGGGCGCCGGCGGCCCCGGCGGAGGCCCUCCGGUGGCCAUGGGCGUCGGCGUGAGCCCGGGCGGCGUGGGCCAGCGCUUGGAGAGCCCCGGCGGAGGCGGCCCCGGCGGCGGGGGAGGCGGCGGCGGAGGCGGCGGCGGCGGGGGCUACCCGCACAUGAACGGCUGGGCCAACGGCGCGUACCCGGGCUCGGUGGCUGCGGCGGCGGCGGCGGCGGCGAUGAUGCAGGAGGCGCAGCUCGCCUACAGCCAGCACCCGGGCGGCGGCGCCCACCCGCACGCCCACGCGCACCACCCGCACCCGCACAACCCGCAGCCCAUGCACCGCUACGACAUGGGCGCCCUCCAGUACAGCCCCAUCUCCAACUCGCAGGGCUACAUGAGCGCCUCGCCGUCGGCCUACGGGGGCAUCUCCUACGGCGCGCAAUCCCACCAGAACUCGGCGGCGGCGGCGGCUGCAGCGGCCGCGGCAGCGGCGGCCGCCUCCUCCGGGGCGCUGGGCGCGCUCGGCUCCCUGGUCAAGUCCGAGCCCAGCGUCAGCCCGCCCGUCACCUCGGCGCACUCGCGGGCCCCGUGCCCUGGGGACCUGCGAGAGAUGAUCAGUAUGUACUUGCCCGGCGGAGAAGGAGGGGACCCGGCGGCGGCGGCGGCAGCCGCGGCGGCGGCCGCCGCUGCCCAAAGCCGCCUGCACUCCUUGCCACAGCACUAUCAGAGCGCCAGCACGGGGGUCAACGGCACGGUGCCCUUGACGCACAUCUGAGCCAAGGGGAGGAAGGGCGCACGGACGGACGGACCAGCCAAGGGGCGCGGGGGCGCAAUGGAGGGUGUCGCGCUCUCUCUCCUGGGAGCACCCUCGUCCCCCUCGCCGCCACUGCUGCCCAUCUUCCCAGACCCACCCCCCGCCGCCCCCUUCCUUUUGUACAGAACAACAAGAAAGAGAGAGGAAAUGUUUUGAUGACGUUGUAAUAAGAAUAAUAAUUAUAAUAACAAAUAUUCCUAAUGGUGAGGAUAAUGAAGAGAGAAGGUAACAGAUUGCUCUAAUGCUGCCCCCCCCCGUCCCUCCCUCUCUACCCUAAGGACUAGUUUCUGAAACUGGGGGUUGGGGGGGGAGUUGGGUUGUUAUAUUUUCCUUCUGUUGUUGUUGGGUUUUAGACAAACCGUCUGUGUUUUAACUGAGAUUUUUUUUUGUACAGUAUUUAUCAUUCACCCAGGAGCCACAAUGCGUUUAUAUUUGCUAAAGCGGGGGGAGGGCAAAAAAGACAGACAGACAUAACUAUAAUUGUUAAUUAUUCGAAGAUCUAGGCGACGCCAACUUUUCUGCCACACAGAAGCACUAACUGGUCAAUCUUUGAGCCGCUUCUUGUGAAGACUUUUUAUUGCCUAAGGAAAGCAAAGAUGUUGGGGAGAACUGUUCUCGUUUAUAACACAGUACCAAGGGAUGCAAAUCCAAAACCACGCUUAAAUUCUUCUUCUUUUUGUAGUUCUUACGAAGCGGGGUUCUUUAUUUUUUCUUAUUUUGUUUAUUUAUAAAAACAUUUUUAUUUUAUUUUUUUGCAACCAGCAACGAUAUUCUGGAUUUUGUAAAUGUUUAUUACGUCUGCAUUUUUUUUCCUUUUGUUAACUAUUUUUUGUAUUUUUUUUCUUCUUGUAAAUGCAUUGUGGAAUAAUUUUAAUUAAUUUUAGGCGUUACAAGGGAAUUCAUAAAUGUGUAUAUAGUUUACUAAAAAGGCGUUUCCGCUAAAAAAGGAAAACAAAUAAAACUCUAAAGAUGCGUUCGAUUCUGAGUUAUAUCAAUUUCAAAGUGAAAGUGCAACCAGUAAAUCCAAAAUGUACUAAUUCAUGGCAUGCCUUAAAAACUAGAGAUUGGAAAUUGACUAUAUGUAUAAAUAUAACGUGAAAUAUAAUAAGAUCAGCAACCACACAAAUCCCUAUUUGGGUUUAGACUUUUCACAGUUUCUGUGAUCGCGAACAACAACAAAAAGGGGGAGAAAGUUUUUUUUUUUAAUGGUGUAGUUUUUGGAUAUUAUUUUAAUAUCUGUUGAGUAUUGUUAAGGAAGGCGACCGAUUAAAAUACUUUCCAUAGCAUUCCUUGUUUAUUUUGUUUAUUUCUGGCACGGGCUUAUUGAAACAUCUAGCUUACAGUACUAAGUUUUCUGUCUUAAGUUAGUGAAGCGGUUUUAAAUAGGUUUGGACGGUUCUCUCCCCCUUCUUGGCCCUAAGGCUAGAUAUAACUCCAACAUUACUGGACUCACCAUGUUUAGGCUAGAUACAAUUAUGAUGCUGAAUACUGAUUAGACAGAAAAACUACCAUAAAAACUGUUUCUGAACAAAGCCACAAUUUUGGGCGGAUGGGGUAGGGUGGGGAGUCUAUCUCUUGUCCCAGCACUGUCUUCUCUUCUUCGGAAUACCAAGGAACCUUGUUUGAACCGUGAAUGCUGUUACACUAAAAUGAUGCAUUUGUUUGUACGGAUAUCAUAAUGUUGUUUAAUUGCAUAGAAAUUUGAUUUAAAGUGACUUUCUCCGUUGCCUGAUUCUGAAGUGGGAAGUCGAUAUUAAACUUGAUAUAACAGUAAAGACACA